AUGGCUGGAACGACAGUAAAAAGAUCGACGACUACACCCACCACGAAGAGAACGUCUUCCGUUCAAACCAUUCGAGGAUCGUCCGCUGUGAAGAAAAAUAACAAUGCGAGCAUAUUAAACUUUUUCAAAAAGGCCGACGGGCCUCCGCAGUCGCAGUCGAGGCAGCCUCGAUUGACGCAGUUUGGGGUUACUGUUUCGAGGUCUGACAUCUCCAAUGGGAAUAAUAAUGUUUUGAAGCGAGAGGAAUCUGUUGGCGACGACCUCUUUGUGGAGGACAAGAACCGACGAUCCAAGAAUUUGGUGGAUAUUAAAGACGAUAGAAAGACGACAAAGACGAACAGCAUACCGGUACCGAGCACCAUACCCAUAGACGAGCCCAAAUCAGAAGAAACAGAAUCCGAUCGAUUCAACGAAAGUACCGGCUCGAAUAAAAAACGGAAACUCGAAGCUCCAGUCGUCAAAGGCCCGUUCAUCGAUGAAUCAGACAGCGAAGACGACGACGAAUAUUCCUACUCAGAUACUAAGCCGAUCGAGCAAUCCGAAAACGAAAUCGAACCACCCCCACUGGUAAGAGCCGCCACGAGCAACUUUGAGACAAGUGCAGUGGCCGAUGACUUUGAUGAUAUAGAAGACGACAUAGAAGGCGAUGAAUUUUUGGAAAGAGCGUGGAUGCAGGAUGAGUCGGCAGAUUUUGGGUUGGAUAGUGAUGCGAUAGAUGAUGGGCCGUCGUGUCCUAUAUGUCAGGCUAGUUUGGUCGGACAGUCAGAUGGGGAGGCAUCCAUGCAUGUCAAUGCUUGUUUGGACGGAAACCCGCAGGUUCUGCCUGAGAAGAAGUCUACUCCUGGCUUGACACGACAGGAGAAGGCGGCUGUAGCUAGACCUGCGCAGCAAAAUCCCUAUGUGGAAAAGUCUACGGGCAAUACAUCGGCAUUCACGAAACUUAUGGCGGGAAAUGCCGAAGAUUCGGCGUGGGCGGCAGCUGCGGCUAAUGAAGUCGCAUCACGGGGCAAACAGGCUUACGAGCGGACGUGCCCGUUCUACAAGAUUCUACCAGGGUUGUACAUCACGGUAGAUGCAUUUCGAUAUGGGGCUGUGGAGGGAUGUCAAGCAUACUUUCUCAGCCACUUUCAUAGCGAUCACUACGGCGGCCUGACUGGGUCGUGGAGCCAUGGACCUAUAUAUUGCAGCAGGGUGACAGGAAACCUCGUUCGGCAGCAGCUCAAAGUCGAUUCAAAGUACGUUGUUGAUCUUGAAUUUGAGAAAAAGACGGAGGUGCCAAACACAAAAGGAGUAUACGUUACCAUGCUACCUGCAAAUCACUGUCCAGGAAGUUCUCUUUUCUUGUUUGAAAAGAUUAUGGACAAUGGUCGAUUUCAACGAGUGUUGCAUUGCGGAGAUUUCCGCGCUUGUCCGGCGCAUGUUCAGCAUCCGCUACUGAAACCUGACGUCGUGGACGCGAAAUCGGGCCAGCCACGACAGCAACGUAUUGAUGUGUGCUAUUUGGAUACGACGUAUUUGAAUCCGAAAUAUAGCUUUCCGCCGCAAGAAGACGUUAUCUCUGCUUGUGCCGAUAUGUGUGUCCGAUUGAGUGAUGAGCAGGGUGACCGAAACGAGGCACUCGAGUUUCACAAGCGUGGAAAGGUGGAUGCAAUGACCAAAUUUUUAUCGACGAAAGAGAAAGAGCCUGCUUCAGCCCCAGCGCCGAAAUCACGCGGACGACUGUUGGUAGUCAUUGGAACAUACAGUAUUGGCAAAGAGCGGAUAUGUUUAGGAAUUGCUCGUGCCUUGAAAUGCAAAAUCUACGCUGCUCCUCAAAAACAGAGAAUUUGCGCAUGCCUUGAGGACCCCGAACUCAAUUCUCUUCUCACCGACGAUCCGCUCGAAGCACAAAUCCACAUGCAAAUUGUAUUCGAGAUUCGAGCCGAAACUCUUUCAGACUAUCUCCAGACAUUCAAGGGUCACUUCUCCCGUGUUGUCGGCUUCCGUCCGACAGGAUGGACCUACCGGCCCCCCGGCGGCCGUUUACUCGACAAUCCUCCAGUUGCCAAUGUCUUACACUCAAGUAACUGGAAAACCUCUUUUAGUGUCUCCGAUCUUGUCCCCCAACGCGGCAGCAAUAAAGAGGCAUCCUGCUUUGGAGUUCCAUACAGCGAGCACAGCUCUUUCCGAGAAUUGACCAUGUUUUGCUGCGCGUUGCGAAUAGGCAGGGUGAUUCCGACGGUCAAUGUGGGCAAUGCCAAAUCAAGGGAGAAGAUGAAGGCGUGGAUUGAGAGGUGGGAGGCCGAGAAGAGGAAGGCUGGGCUAUUUAAAGUUGAGGGCGAUGCUUGGUAA